AGGUGCUCUCCUUACAUAUUUGUUAAUGGAUGUGACUCCCUGUCCUGCCUGGUCCAGGGAGAAACACUGACUGUCCGCUACUGCUCUAGGUAAUAUCUGGGUUUUGAUACAUUGUUCACAAGACAGCAUCCUAUUUCCAUGUACAUUCAUGCCGGAAUCCAGUCACAAUUACAAAGAGGAAAAUCAAUAACAGAAAUAUACACAAGAAAUGUCAUUUUGUUGUUCAUCAGCUGCUAUCUAGAGGUCAGGAUUCUAGACCCCAAAAUGACUGAACGCUUUGACUGUCACUACUGCAAGGAGUCCCUGUUUGGCAAGAAGUACAUCCUGAGAGAGGAGAGCCCCUAUUGUGUGAAGUGCUAUGAGAGCCUGUACUCCAAUACUUGUGAGGAAUGCAAAAAACCAAUUGGCUGUGAUUGCAAGGAUCUGUCCUACAAGGACCGACACUGGCAUGAAACCUGUUUCCACUGUUUCCAAUGCAAGAACUCAUUGGUGGACAAACCUUUUGCUGCAAAAGAGGAGCAUCUACUUUGUACUGAAUGCUAUUCCAAUGAAUACUCUUCCAAAUGCAAUGAGUGCAAGAAGACUAUCAUGCCAGGUACACGCAAGAUGGAGUAUAAGGGUAACAGCUGGCAUGAGACCUGCUUUAUCUGCCAUCGUUGUCAACAACCAAUUGGAACAAAGAGCUUCAUCCCCAAAGAUAAUCAAAACUUCUGCGUACCCUGCUAUGAAAAGCAGUUUGCCAUGCAGUGUGUCCAGUGUAAGAAGGCUAUCACUACAGGAGGUGUAACUUACCGGGAGCAGCCCUGGCACAAGGAGUGCUUUGUUUGUACUGGAUGCAAGAAGCAGUUGUCUGGACAGCGCUUUACCUCCCGGGAUGAGUUUGCAUAUUGCCUGAGCUGCUUCUGCAACCUCUAUGCCAAAAAAUGUGCUGGAUGCACCAACCCCAUCAGUGGACUCGGAGGAACCAAGUAUAUCUCCUUUGAAGAACGGCAGUGGCAUAAUGACUGCUUUAACUGUAAGAAGUGUUCUCUUUCAUUAGUGGGCCGCGGCUUCCUUACAGAAAGGGAUGACAUCCUUUGCCCCGAGUGUGGGAAAGAUAUUUAAAGUUUAAAACGAGGAAAGCAGAGCUGUGCUUGCAAUACAUAUUUUUUGAAACAUGCAAUGUUGUGUACUAGCUUUAGUCAACCAUAUGAAGACUUUACUCUUCUGUGUUUCUCAGUACCAUUCACAUCACGUAACCUUUAUUUCCCUCCAGAUUGUCUAAAUCCAAAGGCGGAUUGGGAGGGGGGCAACAAAUGAUUUCAGAAUCGCUAGGUGGGUUGUUGAUGGUUAAGAAUUUAUACAGUUAACCAAGAUAAGUGCAAGACUUGAGAUAUGAAAUGUUUUGCCUGUUAUUGACAUUUUCUUUUCUUCACUGAAUAUUUGAAUUUACAAACCUGACUUAGUCUUCAAGAGAGUGAUAUGUUUGAAGGAUUACAGGUGAAAUCUUGACCCACUGAAGUAAAAACUCCAUUUGACUUCAAUAAGGCCAGGAAUUCAAGCCUAGUGUUCUUAGAAUGUGUAAUUGCAGUGUGCUGUCAAGGGUGUAGAAAGAUGAGAAUGUAGCAUGUGUAUCAGUGUUAAAGGAUCUGUGCUAUGCCUUAACUAGGAGAAAAUGAUUAUUAAUCAUUUAAGUGGGAGUGUGCUGUAACAAAUAUUUUAUUGCAUGAUUAGAUGAUUGUUGUGUGAAAUACAAAUUCUGUUGUAUCAAUUGAAACUACACUGCAUAGUGUAUUUCUUAAUAAAAU